AUGUCUGAUAGUGAGCUAAACUCAAGUUUGUGCCAACUGAGCUGGCUCAUUGCCAAAGAAGGAAUAGGAAACGGAGGACAGUGCGUGAUGAAUCCAGUUCCGGAGCCUCUCGACGAGCCAGUUCCGGUUGCCGGCCCACAGGUAGCACAACCAUCUCCAGGCACCGAGGGGAAACGUCGACGGUUCUUCGCCGGAAACGGGAAACCGCCAUUUUCGUACUCCGAGCUCAUCCGCCACGCAAUUGAAGAAACAGAAGAGAAGAGAUGCACUUUGGCAGACAUUUACGCGCACAUCACACGCAACUACGCAUUCUAUCGAGAGAACCGGAACUCCAGUUGGAAGGUAUCGGGAAAUGGAAUUUCGUGCAUCCGAGUAUUAUUUUAGAAUUCGAUUCGACACAAUUUGUCACUCAACAAGCAGUUUGCGCGAAUCGAGAGAAACGACGGAGAGAGAAGUGAGUAGGAUAAUAGAGGGUUUCGAACGGAAAAAUAAUUAUAGGGGGAUGGUGGAUUUGUGUGGAUCCGCCGGAGAAGAAGCCACGUCUUCUGAAGGGAGAGCCGACGAGAGUGAAUCCGAUUUACACGAACUAUUUGAAGAAGGAGAAGACGAAACGAGUACAUCGGCCGGAAGAAGUGACAGAGAUGAAACAGGAGGUCAAUGUCCAGGAGAUGCCUCUAGAAGACCCCUACAUUUCGGAGGUCGGAGAAGUUAUCGAAGUGCGCGAACUGACUGUGAGUUUAUUUUGCUGGAAGCUUUUGGAAGAAUUCAAGGACCACUUUGCAGGAAGAAGAGAUAAACGAUUUGAAUCUGUUCGAGUCCUAUGAUCUGAAUUCCUCCUUCCGCGUCGUUUACGACCAAAUAUUCAUGACGGAGCCGAGUUCAAAUGUGCAGAAAAAGGUAGGGUAAACGUUUGAUUUGCUCGCACUCGCACUCAGACAUCUUGAACUUUCGGCCCGCAAUCUCUUCACUUGCCUUUUCCGUUUUGUGAUCAGCCGCUAAUUUCCAGGCGGCCCAAAUAGAUUGGCUCAAAAUCAGUCUGGAAACAGCUGGUCUCGAUUAUAACGACGAUCGGGACAUGGCGGAGGUGGAUACGGAGAAACUGAAAGGUCACAUUGCAAAUCUAUCAGCUAUGUAUGAAUUAAGCUUGUUCAGAUUUCGUCCGCAAUGGAUUUCCGGAAUAUGAAAGUGAAAUGUCCACUCCAAGAACCGAAACCAGUCGUGAGUCGUGAUGCUUUUGCUUCUGAGCCCAACUGAAACUUCAGGUUCUUCUUCUGAUUCCCGGGCGUCCCAACCAAUACAGAACGACGAGUCCGACGAUGAUUUCGACUGGAAUUCACUUCUCUAA